AUGUCAUCCUCGCCUCCGUCUGAGCCCCGCGAAGAGCUACCCAUGAUUGGAGGGCCAACUCAAGACCUGACGUCACCAGUGGCAUCGGCACCAGCUACAGUGCGGAAGCCUGUGGUUGUGGUGAAGAAGACUCCUAUAGGAAAGACUAGUACGGGGAAGGACCUCUUUGAUACUAUUGAGUUGAUGAAGGGCCUGAAGCGUGUUGAGGUCAAACAGUCAGAGGGGAGUCGGACUGGAGCAGGAGGCUUGGAGAAGUCUGGUGAUCUGGGGGACUCUGUGUUGGUAACUAGUGAUAAGUGGACCAAGAUCCAGGCAAAAAGGAUUACUGCGCCCAAGGAGCAAAGCACAAUAACUCCAACAAAGGCUCUGACAUUUGGCGAGAAGAAGCUGGCAGCAAUGAAGAAAAACCUUACGGCUGUCCAAUACCGGACUACCCCGCAGCAAGGCAUUGCGUUGGAUCCUCAACUCUCUGGCGAUGAAGAUGGGAAUAAGGGGAAGAAGAAAAAGGCAUCUCCGGCAAAGAAGAAAAAGGCCACAGCCAUAAGCCUGCCCACAGAUGUAGAUGCUCUGGAGCCAGUUGGAAGCUCUGCAGUACCUGUGGAAGAAAAGGCUCCUGCUGCAAAGAAGAAGAAGGCUCCAUGUUUGCCACUGGUACAAGAUGCUCAGGGUCCAGUUGCUGGUGCUGCAGUCACUGGGAAGAAAAACUUGGAUUUGGUUUUUCAACCGGCUUCUCUGGCAAAGACAAAGAAGACCACAGGGAAUUGCUCAGCACCAGUUGAGAAGGCUGCGGGGUCUGUUGGUCAACCCGGAGGACCAGGAGGAAAAGAUAUUCCCAAGAAAUCACUGGCCCCUCAACCAGACUUGCCCGGUUCAGCUGAUCUUGCCUCAAAGGACACUGCUCAAGUUGGCGAACAUGCAGAGGAGCCUUGCCUGGCAACUGUGAACAAGCGAUUGGACGUGGAUGGUGGUCGGGAUACAUUGGAACGAACUAGGACUGGUGUGGCGGUUGGCGAGUCAGGAGCGCCUGCAAAGACGACGAUCAGCAAAGGGCCACCAGAUGACGUUGGACAAUCAACACAUUUGGCGAGUCAGUUGGCUGUCCCAGCGGUUCCACUCUCUCAACCAGCUUUGGAGAAAUUCACCGGGGUCGGCCUGGACAACUCAACACAAGAUGGCCUUGACACGGUUGGUUGGUCUGCCGGGGUGUCAGUUGGAUUGGCUGGCAUGGUUGGGAAUAAUGCUGCCAUGGUGGACCGGCCAGAUCAGCCUGAACCGUCGAUGGACUUGGAAGACUUUACAGCGACACAGGAUGGACUGAUGAGGAUGCUUUCAGGAUUAGAAACUCUUACUCCUCUGCCUGCCAACCAGUUGCAUGCGCGUGCGGCUCAUGCAGCCUCUGGGGAUGACGUUCAAGAUCAGUUUCCUGACCAAGAUGGGGGCGACCCGUUGGACCCUAGUUGGAGUAAAAGGGUGGAGCAGGCCCUGGCGCGCAAGAGGGCCCAGGAAUAUUGCGCCCUGGCCAAGGCGGAGCAGGAAGAACAAGAGGUGCAAAACCAAAAGGCAUGGCGUAUGAUGGUUGAGAGGUACUUGGGUAUCCGGCCAGUAGGCGAGGAGAGUGGGCCUGGUGUGGAGUUCCUUGUGGGUUUGGUACCUCCCCUCGACAAUGAUCAGAUUCUGGUGCUCCAGGAGGUUCGGUCCUGGGACAAGAUCAACGGAUUGGAAUUGGGCUUCAUGCGGUGGGAAUGGGAAGGUGGAAUGGAUGACGACCUUAUGAGGCCAGUCCCAACGUGGCUCAUCAAAGACGGAGUUGAGGUCAAGUGUUUCAUUGACGAUGCGGCUCAUGAACGGCUGGCUCGAUUUAUGGGAAACCAGCCCUGGGACUUCUACCAGCUCCCAAUCUGCUAUGGAUCGGCUUUUGCCUCUCGGGACGAGUGGGAGAAAGCGGUCAAGAACGACACUCUGCUGCAGCCGGAUUCCCCAAUUCCGGACGAGGACAUUGAGACCACGGCUACGGCAUCACCGGAUACUGCGGUUGCGAAUGGUUCCCUAACGCUGAAUGAACUGUACCAGAAGAUUUUCAAUCCAACUAAGGGCCGCAAUGUUCACAGGUUUCGCUACGAGUCAACAGGCCCGGGAACGCCCUGCAGAAGGGAUGAUGGUUUGACUAGUUUGGAAGAUCUCAAGUUGCUGCUUGGUAUUUGGAGCCGGACGAAAUUUGGGCUGAAGAUUGAUCUGAAGAUGCUGAAGGACAAGGGGCUUCAUACUGCCUCACCGAAGCUGUUUGCGGAAAACUUGAAGAGACUGGACGAUAUCUCAACUUAUAUUGAUGAUCUCAAGGCCCAAAUUCGUGAUUGUGAAGCAAACAAGACCACCGCUGUCAAGAAGGUAGUUGAUCUCAAGAGGGCUGAGGUGCUUCAGCCAACCAAGCGGAAACAUGUUGACGUUGAGGUUCAAGAUGUUACGGCCCCGCCCAAAAAGAAGACUAAAGCUGCUCCUGCAGUUGCGGUUCAAACGGCAGAUCCCCCAUUGAAGAAGAAGACGAAAGCUCCCUCUGAAGUGGCCACCCCCAAGGUGGCAGCUGCUGCAAAGAAGAAGACAACAAAGGCUCCCGGUGGUUCGGAACCGAAGAAACUGGCGAGCAAGAAGACAAAUGGACGAGCGGGUGGGUUGGAGUCAGGGUUAGGGUUACAAGGGACUCCCCAGGGCCAGGGUAGCAAUAUUCUACCAAGUUAUAUUGCAUAA